UUUGCCGCCAGUCAAAAUGUAAACAAACACACGAAACGUCAAACGUUUGUGUUCAAACUGUUCAACAACAAACGGAUCGUUCCGUUCGUACUGACGCACCGCACUGUUGCUAUUGCUGUGCUAUAUUUAAUGGUGAUUUCUACCGCCAAAAGUGAAAAUUAUGUUUUCCCAAUCGCUGCUGUUGGGUGACACUACGUUUGAUGCGUUGGAAAGGCAACAUACGAAAGCAAGCACACCUCCGACCACCCAACGAGCUCCAGUAAGAAGAUCCCAACGGAGCAUGGCGAUCAAACAGCAGCAGCAGCAGCAGCAAAGCAGCACCGAAUCGGAAGUAAUCGAAGAAUCGCCCACUAACGCUAAAUGUCCUGCAGAGUCGUCCCGCCACCGGAGCGUACGGGAACGAUUGCAGAUUAUAUCGACGCAGGCCAGAGGACGCAAAUCGAAAAAUCGUACAGUGCGAAGUGUCAAUGAGGCUGGAGGACAACGAUCGAGCGCUAGCCAACAGUCAUCCACUCUUAAAAAGGACAAUUUGUCCGAUUUGUUCAGUAGUGAUAUUCAGUUCGAUUUUGACCCAGCUACACAACGAAAUGCUUUGAAACGAACGCGAGGUUCACAGCAGAUCGGUUCGAACGACGAGGGGCCAUCACCGGAAAAGCAAUCAUCGUCGGCAGCAAACGAGCAAUAUGAUGAACUCUUUCAAAAUAGCGCCUUUUCGAUGGAUACCGUCCGUAGUCAAUCGAUCGCAAUGGUGGCUGCUGAGAAGCAGAACGCGCACGAAGAUGGUAGCUUCGACACGCUUUUCGAGCAGAGCGAUUUUACCCUCGAUAAAGCGGACGGCAUACCAGCACCAGUCGAAACCACAGCAGGCAUGACCGAGAGUGAGCUGGAGAUCUUUAGCGAAACAUUGUUCGAUCGCGCCAUUUCGAGCGAACCUACCUUGAACGAGCUCACGCUCGACGAUAGCGAGCGGAUCGAAUCGCUGCGGGUUGAUACGGCGGACGAGGAUGUAGCAAUCGAUAUCGAAAACGUUACCUUUUCUCAACCACUGGCCCCGGCAAGCAUUGCACUCGGACAGCAGGAGCCAUCCGACGGUAGCUUUCGGCCCGUAGAACCACUAGAGCGGGACACGGAGAUGUAUAAUUUUAUAGAAUCAGAAAUGGAAGAAUCGCUUCGCCUUUCCAAAGGAACAUCAUCCCUGGUUUCAGACACUCUUCCAAGCGAGCAUCAUGAUGCGUUUGGCACAAGAAGCGACCUGAGGAAUGGUACAAAAGAGCGCAGCAAAGGUGGGCCGGAAAAGCGUAUGAGCCUGGCCGGCAGUAUGAGCCUCGAUCGGACGAAAGAUUUACGGUUGCUUAUCAACUGGGGUCUGCCGAGUUCGGUUACGAAUGAGUACGCAAGGAAGGGUAUCGUCGAACUUUUCCCCUGGCAGGUGGAAUGUUUAUCACGUAAGGAGGUGAUGCUGGAAGGGAAAAACCUUAUUUACAGUGCACCAACCUCCGCUGGCAAAACGCUGGUGAGUGAGUUUCUGCUCGUCAAAACCAUUGCCGAAAGGAAGCUGAAAGCGAUGCUAAUCCUUCCGUUCGUUGCCGUUGCCCGGGAGAAAAUGCUUUACCUCAAGGAUCUGCUCGAACCGGGUGGGAUGCGCGUGGAAGGGUUUUACGGUGGGUACCAUCCUCCGGGAGGGUUCGAAUCGGUUGAUCUUGCGGUUUGCACGAUCGAGAAAGCUAACUCGAUCGUGAACCGUCUGCUGGAGCAAGGUGCCCUUCCUACCUUGGGCGUAGUGGUGGUCGACGAGGCGCACCUCAUCUCCGAUCCGUCGCGAGGCUACAUUUUGGAGCUGCUGCUUACAAAGAUUCGUUUCGUUGCGGCUCGCGCUGCCCAUCCGAUACAGAUCGUGUGCAUGUCUGCCACGCUGCCCAACAUGGAUCUGCUUGCCCGGUGGUUAGAAGCGGACCUGUACCGUACCGACUUUCGGCCCAUCGCCCUGAUCGAGAUGAUAAAGACUGGCAGCACGAUUUACAGCGCCACGGGUGAAUCGGUUCGAUCGCUGGACGGUGUCACCCUGCUCGGCUACAGCCCGCCGAAAGAUGCGGACCAUGUGGCGUUGCUGUGUCUCGAAACAAUCCUCGAGGGUUGUGCGGUGAUCGUGUUCUGUCCGUCGAAGGACUGGUGCGAGCAGUUAGCACUCUCGCUUGCCAGUACGCUACACACGCUGCGCAAGCAGGACCAUACGCACGAAGAGCUGCGGAAUCGAGUGUGCGCCCAGGUGAACGGUGCAAGGCAGGAGGAAGUGCUGCUGCAGCUUCGCAACUCCCCAGCCGGGUUGGACAGUGUGCUGGAGAAAACCGUGCCGUACGGUGUCGCUUUCCAUCACGCUGGCCUGACGACUGACGAGCGGGACAUCGUGGAGAGUUCGUUUCGGGACGGUGCGCUACGGAUCAUUGUGGCCACGAGCACGCUGAGCAGCGGGGUGAAUUUGCCGGCCCGUCGCGUUAUUAUCCGUACGCCCAAGUUCGGCGGCCGGCCGAUGAGCGCGCUCACGUACAAACAGAUGAUUGGCCGGGCGGGUCGUACCGGGCGCGAUACGGUCGGCGAGUCGAUACUGAUCUGUAGUGCGACCGAGGAACGGAUCGGUCGGGAAUUGAUUGGCACCGAGUUGCCUCCUGUGCGAUCCUGUCUAGACAGUGAGAACUAUGCUCACCUGACGCGCGCAGUGCUAGAAAUCAUUGCAUCUGGCAGUGCCACUACCUCGGGCGACCUGGAAUCAUUCGUCAACGCAACACUGUACAGCUGUGAACGGGGCCUUCAGUUCACCGUCGACGAUCAGCUUUUACGGACGAAGGCACCCACACCAAAGCAAUUAUCGGCCGGGGAUGACGGCGCGGACAAAGGUAGCGGCGGGCGUCUGGAUCCGAUCGCUGCGUGCAUAUCGUUUCUGGUGGAGUAUGAAUUCAUUCGCCUUUCGCAGCAGGAGAAUUCCGAUGGUGCCGGGGAGCGAACCGUGCUGACCGCGACCCGACUCGGGCAAGCGUGUUUAGCGGCAUCGCUUCCGCCCAAGGAUGGGUUCCUGCUGUUCAGCGAACUGCAACGAGCCCGCCAGUGUUUUGUGCUCGAGUCGGAACUGCACGCCAUCUAUCUUGUGACGCCCUACUCCGUUGCCUACCAGUGGCAGCAGAUCGAUUGGAUGGAUUUUCUCGAUCUGUGGGAAAAACUGCCCGCCGCGUCCAAGCGCGUCGGCGAACUGGUCGGCGUGAAGGAAUCGUUCAUGGUGCGUGCGAUGCGCGGCGGCUCCGCCCAUCUCGACUAUCGCAGCCUGCAGAUACACAAACGCUUCUACACCGCCCUGGCGCUGCUCGAGCUGGUGCGCGAGGUACCGCUGGGCGCGGUGGCGCGCCAGUUCAAAUGUUGCCGCGGGCUGCUGCAAAGCCUGCAGCAAGUGGCGGCCACGUUCGCUGGCAUUGUUACGUCGUUCUGUGCGGCGCUCAACUGGACGCUGCUGCAGCUGCUGCUGGCACAGUUCCGGGAGCGUUUGUUUUUCGGCGUCGCGCACGAACUGCUCGAUCUGAUGCGUAUCGCCUCGCUGAACGGACAGCGUGCCCGGUUGCUGUACGAUGGAGGGAUCGUUGGGCUGGUGCAGCUGGCCAAUGCCGAUCGGCUUACGGUCGAAACGAUUCUGCACAAUCGCACCAGCUUCGAGAUGGAACGGGUGCGCGACAACGAACACAUCCUCGAGGCAGAGCGCCGGAAGCGUUUGCGCAAUCUGUACCUCACCGGACGGUCGGGUGUAACGGUGGAGGAAGCAGCCCGUCUGCUCAUACAGGAAGCGCGUGCGUUUGUGCAGCUGGAGCACGGUCUUGCCAAUCCAAGCUGGUCGCAGCUCACGGUGGGACACGACGCUAAAGAACAAAGCCAAGCAGAGAAGCGCGUGGAACCAACGCCGCGGUCCGUCAGUACGGUGCCCCUGUCGGAAGAACAAGCGUCCAGCCUUUUGCUGCUCUCGCAUGGAGGCGAAUCGUCCGACACGGCCGAGAGACACUUUCACAACUCCCUGUUGAUGCGAAAUGAUCGAUCGGCGACGAACACCGAUGCUGGUGUCGCCAAGACCGAUCUAACGAUCAUCGAUGUCUGCAACGAUCGCACCGUGUACGACCGGUUUCGGCAGACUGUGGCCGGGCAAAGCUCGCUAACGGUCGCGUUCGGUGUGGAGCAGGAGCAGGCCCACUGCCCUGCUGGAAGACUGCCGCUGCACAGCAGCAUAGGAGCACAUCUUGGCAAUCUCAAACAAAUGCUGCCACAAGCCCGCGCACGAUCGUACACGUUCGACGGCAAUCUUUAUCUCGCCGGGAUGGGUGUGACAAUGCAGGACGCGUUGGCCACCGUGUACUACGUCGAUUUGCAACGCGAUACAAUCGUGGACGGCGCCGAGAAAGCAGCCUUGGUUCGAGCUCUGUUCGGCAAGGAGCAGCUAACGGUGACGCUCCUGGAUGCCAAAGACCAGCUGAAGAUCGCGUACCGGUCAGGAUUGCUGCCGGUCGCCGACGGUGAUCAGCUAAUGGCCGCUACGCUACAGGACCCCAGGGUGGCCUGCUGGCUGAUGCAAACGGACGCCGAAACGCUCACACUGGACGCGAUGAUCGAACGGCACUGUCCCACGCUAAAGAAACGGUACGAAGGCAGCGGGCAGCGUUGGCUUACGCCCAAAUGGACCGGGCAUGCACUGAACCAUCAUAGCCCAAUCGAUGCCAGGCAGCGAUGUGCCGUUGAGUGUUUGCUCGUGCGCGAUUUGAUGUGCUGCGUAGGGGAGCGACUUGCGGCCAGCGGAGACUCGCUGCCGGUCUGCUUUGCGUCACGCGAGAUGCCCGUUCAGGUGGCGUUGGCACGUGCCGAAGUGAUCGGAUUCCCGGUGGACAGAGCGCGUUUGGGAGCGCUGAUAGCACGUAUGAAAGCAUGUCGCGAUCGUAUCGCAGACGAAGCCCGCAAGCUCAACGGCAACCGACGGCUCGACUUUGGCUCGUCGCGUGCCGUUGCCAAGGCGCUGCAGCUAGCGGGCGGUGCCGGCCAGAAGCGGUGUCGCACGACCCGCCAGGUGCUGGAGCGGCUGGACAGUCCACUCGCUGCGCUCGUGAUCGCUCAUCGCAAAAUCGAAAGCAACCUGUCCCGCACCAUCGAACCAUUGCACCGGAUCAUUCGGGCCGAUUCUGACCGCGUGCAUGGGCGCAGCUUCUGCUUCACCUCGACCGGGCGUAUCACGAUGCACGAGCCCAACCUGCAGACGGUGGUGAAGGAUUUUACCGUCCCUCCCGGCCUUGGGCACGAGUUCGAGGGCGAGCGCCGACUGUUCAGCUGUCGCAGCACGUUCGUAUGUGCGGACCCCGACCGGACGGUCCUACUGUCGGCCGACUUUUGCCAGCUGGAACUUUGCAUACUGACGCACCUUUCGCAGGACCGGCAGCUGCUGGCGGCACUGGGUGAUGACGGUGGGCAGCAGGGCGGUCCCACCGCCCGUAAGGACGUGUUCCGAGCGUUGGCCGCCCGCUGGAACCAGCUCGAACGCGAAUCGGACGUGAGUGAGGACCUGCGCAACCGCACCAAAGCAAUCGUGUACGGUGUAAUCUACGGUAUGGGCGUACGCGCAAUGGCCACCGAACUGCAGCUGGACGAGGAAGCGGCCCGGACGCUGAUGGAGCAGUUUCACGCCAUCUAUCCGGAUAUUCGGCACUACACCGAGCGGGUCGUACGGUUGACGCGCCAGCUCGGUUACAUCGAAACGCUCACCGGACGGCGGCGCUAUUUGCCGGCCAUUUCCAGCCCGGACGCUCGCGAACGGGCCGAAGCAGAGCGCCAGGCCGUGUGCACCACGAUCCAGGGUUCGGCGGCCGACAUCCUGAAGAAUGCGAUCGUGCGCAUGGGCCGCAACUUGGGCAAGUAUCGCAACGUGCUAGAGCUGAGCGAGAUCCGGCUGGUGUUGCACAUGCACGACGAACUGGUCUACGAGGUGCCACGCACCCAGCUCGUCAAGGUAGCGAAACUGCUGAAAUCAAGCAUGGAAAACUGUGCCAAGUUGAGCGUGCCGCUGCGCGUGAAAUUGAAAGCCGGCCCGAGCUGGGGCACGCUGCAGGAACUGACGACGCUGGAAAGGUAGGCAGCUGGCACGUGUCCUCUUCAACGACGCACUGCAAAGUUGACUCACCCACCCUCCUGCUGGACCAUAGCAACAACUCGCAUGGAUAUAGACGGUUCUAUCAUUUAAACGUUGCGCACUUGCCCUCGGUGAUUGCAUAAUAUUCUCUCACAGUGCAAAGCGUCUCACACAUGUGCACUAUCAGCGAUAUGGACUUCCUACACCAAGGGCCAUCGUUUCCAUUUGUUUGUAAGCACCGUGAGUGGGUGAAUGGGACGAGUGUUUGGAUCCGUUUGCUAUAAAAGCCCCGGAUGCAUGCUUUCUGCCGACAUUACCCAACUCUCCGGCAGCAAGCGCGAUCAGAACACAGGUGUGACACUCACAACUACUCUGCAGUUACUCGGAAAACAGCGAAAGCGUAUCCCAAGUUCGAAAAUGGACAAGCAGCAAGAGAAAGCAGCCGCCAUUAAGCAGAACAUCCACAACCUUCCGACGGGCGCCACUCCGGAACAGAGGGCCGCAGCCGUCAAGCAAGCCGUUGCCGGGGUCAAGAAGUGAAAUGGCCGCAAAAGAUUAAUAAAACAAUUCCCUUUGUGGAAAUGUUAUACUAAACAGAA